CGAAAGCGGUUGGGCAAGUUUCAGCAAAUAGUGAUUUCUAGUCAAAAUUUCUCCCACGAUGAAGAUUAUCGUUGUGAUGGUAAUCGCCAUCGCAGGCAUCGUAUCUUCGUACCGUCAUGGAGAACGCGUGAGUCAAUAUAGUUACAAAACGGAUCAUGGUGUUGUUCCCUAUAAGGAACCUGAGGAAACUUCAACUCUUAAAAUUGCCGAGCAGAAGCCGGAGAAGGAAUUUGAAGCCAAACUGGCCGUGCUCAGUCAACUCUUGAAGAAAUACCAACAAACGAGAAAGACGCACGUGACAAUCGAAACGGAUGCUACCAAAGAAGCGAUAAAGGAUGAACCAAAAGAAGAGCUGAAGGACAAAGAAAAGGAAAAGGAGAAGGAAAAGGAAACCGAAAAGGAAAAAGAAAAAGAAAAGGAUGCCACAGUUCCCAGCUACGAAUAUGCCUAUGGAGUGAAGGAUUUCAAGACCGGUGAUCACAAGCUUCAGUGGGAGAAGCGGGUGGGAGGACAUGUGAUGGGUGUCUACAAGUUCGCUGAGUCCGACGGUACGCAGCGUGUGGUGGAGUAUAAAGCUGAUGAUAAGAAGGGAUUCGAGGCAAAAGUGAAAAAUGUUGCCGAUAAGAAUAGUGAAGAAGAUGAAACGAGCAAGAAAACUACAGUGCAUUCUCAGGUGGCUCACAGUUAUAGUUAUUUGAAGAAGUACAAUCGCUGAUAUUAGAGGUUAAAUACAGUUCAUUAACUGAUUGUCGAGUACUCCU